GCCUGGUGAAGUUUUUAUGGUUUGAGAAGGACGUUUUGUUCUAAACAAUCGUGAAUAAUUUUAGUGUGUGUCAGUGUCAAUAGCGCGUUAUAUGACCUUUUCAAAAUGCCUAGAAAGUAUUAUGCUCGACUAUGCACUCUUCAGAAGUGGGAAAAUUAUUCAGGUUAUGGAUUUAGCCUACAGGCGACAAAGGGCAAGGUCGGACACUAUAUAACUGAGGUCGAUCAACAAUCUCCUGCAUUUGCGGCUGGUCUUAGAGAUGGUGAUUACGUAGUAGAAGUAAAUGGCGUUAAUAUUGUACCUAACCAACAUCAAGAGGUAGUACAAUGUAUUUUGAAAAAUCCAUCAAAAGUCUCCCUUCUUGUACUCGAUCCAGAAUCAAAAGCUUAUUUCGAAAAUAAUUCAAUUAAUGUCAGUAAAUUUAUGGUAGAUAUUGAGAAAGUCUGUUGUCCAGCAGUUAAUCCAUUUACAUCUGGUCAAAAGGUGAAUGGACAUAAUGAACUGAUUUCAGAUGACAGUUUUUUAUCAAGUGAAUCAGAAAUAAAUAAAGUUGGAACCAGUGACGAGAUGACUAUUCAAUCAUCCAGUUAUCCAUCAUCUAUGGUUUCAUUAUCACAACAUAAUAAUUCACUGACAAGUAUUCGCAAUAGUUCACCAGCAUAUAGUUAUAAGUCAAGAAAUGAUAAGAUAAAUGGUGCUUUAUCCGUUCAAGAUACUCCCAUCUCUAUUGAAUCUAAGAAGUCUGAUCAACGGAACAAUCAUCAAUCAAUUAUAAGUGAUAUUGAUUCAGAUAUAAUUAGUAAUAGAUCAACAGUAAAUGGAGGACGUCGACGAAAUCAACAAAAAGAUUUUCUAAGUUUUAAUGCACGUGCAAAAAUAGUGAAUGAAUUGUAAUAAACUGAAAUUGUUUUCAAAGUUUUAAAUCAUAGAAACAGAUAUUGUUUAUUCAAACAAAUCAAAUUAUCAAUGUGUGUCACUAUAAGCUGCUGAUCGAACUAAAUAUUUGUGAAAAGUUUACAAGAGAAUUUUUUUUAAUAAUUUGUAUUACCACCCCAUUAUUUGUUAUUUUUCUUAUCGUUAUUUUCUUCUAUCAUUAUUUUAGUCACAUUAUUAAUGAUUUCAUUAUUUUGUAUAAUAAAAAUCUUUAAUUAUG